AGCCUCCCGGUCUUCGGCGUUCGCCCCUAGUGGCAAGCCCUAGGAAUCCAACCUUCAAUGCUCUUCUUCUGUCUUUUGCCAAUGGUGAAAAUGACCGUUGGGGGAAAACGUUGAAGAUUCCUUCGAAUGUGCACUGCUGAGAAUGGCCAGUCCAGCUUGUGUACAGGUGCCGAAGAAAAGCAUCGUUUCUGAAGCUACUCGGGAGCGCGAGACGUUCAGAUAUGACGACUCGCUUUUCACCAAUGUUCGCUUUAACGAUACUGGAUUGCCUGUUCCGAGCAAUGAGCUCUCCACGUCUCCUGAUGUCAUAUUGACGGCCCUGGCUCGUCUAGCGGCUUCUCAAACUGGUGCAGCGCGCUCAAUGAUCUCAUUGUUUGAUCAGACUCAUCAGUAUAUCAUCGCAGAAGCUUCAUCGAUAACCCCAUUGAUUCCGAGCUUGGGACAGGAUGGUCACCCGGAAACUCUUUGGCAUUGUGGAACUGCAAUCCCGCGAUCGCAUAGUGCUUGUGAAAGCACAUUAUGUUCCGAUGAAAUUCAAUCAGAUGCAUCUGGACCAAAGGCCAACCACGACUUACCCGUCAUUGUAGUUGAUGAUGUUACCCUCGAUCCCGAGUACUCAACUAAACCGUACUGUCGACCCGGAGGCGCCGCAAGAUUCUACGCCGCAGUGCCAAUUCGCACAGAUCGAGGUGUAAACAUCGGAGUUAUCUGCGUAAUCCAUACCGAACCUUCAUUGCCAUGGGAGGAUAGUCAUUCAAGACUUAUGAGAGAGCUUUCAAGAGCCGUGACUGAACAUCUCGAGACCACCAGCCUGAAAAGCCACCAACGAAGGAGCGAAAGGAAGAGCUGGGGUUUGACCAGUUUCGUCGAAGGGAACACAGCACCUUUGAGCCAAGUCUCAUCUACCGGACGAGAGUAUGCAGAACAUGAGAUGAGAGGUGACGGUAUGGCCAGGUCGCGAAGGCCAAAAGUCGACGACUUGCAGCAAGCCUUGGGAGGAAUGAGUGUCAGAAACUCAACUGCCACAGCCGACUCCCGCACGACGAACGCUCUUCACACCAAAGAGGUUAUCAUGUGUGAUCCUCAGGCCAGAUCAAAGUUUGCCCAUGAUCCAAGUCAGCUCCUCCAAACUCCACGGCAAAUCUUCUCCAAAGCAGCGUCAAUUGUCAAGGAUUCUAUUGAGACUGAUGGCUGUUUGUUCCUCAAUGCAGACAUGCUUGAGUUUUCAAGUGCAGGCUCUUCCACUGAAUGGAUAGACGAAGACCUGGCGACUCGACGACCUUCAACAUUCAGCUACAAUGAGAGUGAGGAUGCCUACACAACUGGCUCUUCUGAUGACCGUCUACGACCCUCUUGUCAAGCACUCGGCUCUUCCGAACAUGGGGCAGCUCAUAUUGCUCUCCCGCAAGCCCUUCUCGCCAGGAUGAUUCGACGAUACCCUAGGGGCCAUGUGUUCAACUACGACACCGAUGGAAAUCUACUCCAAGAAGAACUGUCUGAUGAUUCAAUUCGCCAUCCACCAAACAACAAUGACUGGGGAAACCUACAUAACAGACAAGACCACAGGUUCCGAGUUCAGCAGAGAGAAGCAAGUAUUCUCCUCGAGACCUUCCCCGGUGCUCGAAGCAUUGCAUUCGUUCCUGUCUGGGACCUCAGGAAGAAACGAUGGUCUGCUGGUGGCUUUAUUCACACUUACAAUAUCAAGCGUACCUUCACGAUCGACCUCGACUUAAGUUACCUCAGAGCUCUCGGUAUGCUCGCAGCGGCUGAGGCCUUCAAGUUGGAGACCCUAGCUGCGGACAAGGCCAAGACUGAUGCACUUGGCUCACUGUCUCAUGAGUUGAGAUCACCGCUUCAUGGUGCCGUUCUGAGCGUUGAGUUGCUCAACGAUACAGACCUUACUAUUCCACAGCAAAAUAUUGUUCGCACCAUUGAAACAUGCUGCCGAACACUCUCAGAUACAAUUGACCAUUUGCUCGAAUAUUCCAAGGUUAACAAGGCUUUGCCUCAAGAAGCGACUCGAGAGACCCAGGCAGACGGAAGUGGUAUCAACAGGUCCUCGUCCGUUAGAAUGGCUUCGAAGCCAUCAAGAAAAGUCGUACAGCUAGAUGUUCUGGCUGAAGAGGUUCUCGAGAGUGUCUACGCUGGAUUCAACUUUCAACAGGCCACCCUUGCCCAAUCAUCCAGCCAAACACCUCGACGACCUGGUCACACAUCUAUCCGCCGAAUGGACACCAUGCAAGCUAUGGAGGAGCUUCAAGCUCCAUUGAAAAAGAAAGGAAAUCUUUCAACGAAGAUCGGAGACGUCGACGUUUUCCUGGUCAUCGACUCACGACCAUCAUGGGGUUUCUACACCCAGCCAGGUCCCGUGCGUCGAAUUAUCAUGAAUCUGUUCGGCAACUCGCUCAAGUACACGCAAUGUGGAAUUAUCAGGGUCUCUUUAGAGCAGACCAGCGCUUUUGGUGCUGAUGAUAAUGACUGCUGGGUAACCAUCAAGGUGUCCGAUACUGGCGUGGGCAUUAGCGAGGACUUUCUGCAAAACGGCUUGUUCAAACCAUUCUCGCAAGAGAAUCACUUGUCUCCUGGCACAGGUCUCGGACUUAGCUUCGUAAAGCAGAUAACUGCACAGUUUGGAGGUCACAUCUCUGUCGACAGUCGAAUUGGCGUCGGUACUACGGUAACAGUGAGACUACCAAUGAAGCUUGGUGACGACUGCCAUCACAACGUCUGUGAAAUUCGACAACGAGAAGAAGAGUUUGACGCGCAGACGGAAAAGCUUCGAGGUCUUCGGGUCAAAUUGGUUGACUUCAGCAAAGACUCCGUUACGGGAGGCGGUUCCGUACAAAGAACGAUCGAAUCUCCUGACCAACUUGUGCAGGAUAUGUGCAAGGAAUGGUUAAACAUGCAGGUCAACACCACCUCAGAGACACCUUGCUUCAUGCCAGAUCUCGCAAUUUGGUCUGAGGAGGGGUUUGAAAGACCUUAUGUUCCGCAGGAUUCAGUCCUGGAUAUUCCAAACAUUGUGCUCUGUGCCAAUGCUGUUACUGUACAUCAGUAUGCCACUGGCACCAAGACAAUACCACGUCCCGGAGUCUUCGAGUUCAUUUCACAACCGUAAGUAAUAUUCUAUGAUACACCAUAUGCCGUGCUCCAGGCUAACUACAAAUCAAGACUCGGUCCUCGAAAGCUUGCCAAAGCAUGUUCACUAGCCUUGUAUCGCUGGACAGUCAUGCAAACAUCUACCCAAUCUCCAACCACAGCAUCAACAGAGCCCGAAUCUUUGAGCAUCGUCACCAGCACUGCCCCUUCACUAACAAACCCAAGCUCACCCUUCCCCGCGAGCGAAGACGAAACCCCAACACAACCAAAAGACUAUUUCAGAGCAUCCGAGUUCCUUCUUGUUGACGACAACUUCAUCAACCUCAAGAUCCUCUCCUCAUACAUGAAGAAGCUCAAACAACCAUAUCAAACAGCUUCAGACGGUUUAGAAGCCGUCACAGCAUAUGAAGCAGACCCUGGCCGAUAUAGCUGUAUCUUGAUGGAUAUUUCGAUGCCGGUCAUGGAUGGGUUUGAAGCAACGAGGAGGAUUCGUGCUUUUGAGUCACAACAGGGGUUGAGACCUGCUUUGAUACUUGCUUUGACAGGGUUGGCUUCUGAGGAGGCGCAGAGGGAGGCUACUGUCAGCGGAUUGGAUUUGUUCUUGACGAAGCCUGUGAGGUUGAAGGAGUUGGGUCCCAUUUUAAGAGCCAAGGGGGUCUUGGAGGAGGAGUCGAACCUGGGCUGAGUAUCAUGAUCUAUAGGAAGAAAAUUAAGGUGUAUGGGAUCGAAAAGAACUAAUUAAUACGGGACAAAAUAAUGAAACAGAUAGAAAAUAACGAUAUCAAUGGGAUAAGCUGAAUAUGUUGUGAAUAUGGAUGGAGAGAUAGAUGGCAUCGGUUGAUAUCAUGAGUUACGGUUCGGAAGCUUAUGCUUUUGGUUCAAGCAAGAAAUAACCUCAGGGUAGAUAUGUAGAAAGUAUAAACCUUGUGUGAAGUAACGUUUGAGUAGUACUUCAGAAUAGUUCUUCAGCCUAC